AUACUCUAAGCUGCAAAUGGGUGCAAGCCGGUGGGGCGUUCGGUCCCUUGAUCGCUUCGAGGCAAGCGCAGCUCCCGUGCAAAGAUUUCCCGGCGUGGUAUGAGUCGAAACAGUCUCCGAAUCUAUGCUUGUGCUCGCGUUUUAUGGCAAACGCUGCUGCGGGCUGUCGCGUCGCAAACAGCUUGAUAUGACCCGCCGGUCGGCUCUUCGCAUGUGUCCGUAUUUAGGGCUCGCGAUCGCCGACUCCCCAAUAAAAUCUUGCACAACUUAGGUUUUAGGCUACACUCCGUGAUAGCUCGCUCGCUGUGCUAACCUUGGCCAACUUGCAAGGUCGGCCCCUAGGUCUUGAAUUGAGCUCGGCCGCCGCUGCGAGCCUGCCGUCUCUUUCCUCAGAACAUCUAUACAAUACAAACAUAUCAUCGACACACUCGGACUUACUCUCGAGCACACGGCGACGACAACGCGAACAAACGACAUUUCAUCGGGCGUUGAGCACCUUGCUCGCCUCGCCUGCUGCGGCCCCGCAGCUCCACACAACUGGCUGCGAUCGUCAUGUCUACGCCGACCAAGACGGCAAACGGUCUGGACGCCGCGCGCGGCGGCGAGGAGGCGUAUGAUGCCGCGCAGAUUGAGCAGCUCAACUCGCUGCUAGGGUUCCUCGAGAGCUCCUCCGCGGCGGGAUCAAACGAUGUGAAGUUCCAAGGCCUGAAGCAGCUGGGUUCGCUGGCUGCCGGCUCGUCCGGCGCUGACCUCCGAGGAGGAUCCUCCGCGGUUUCCAGCGGUGACGGCCGCAACGUCGCCGAGCUGCCGAGCCUGCACCGCGCGGCAUCGGCGGCCACCCCGGAGCGGCUCUCCAAGAUGAUCCCGGAGCUCGCUGGUGGCGCCGGCUUCGUCGGCGCGGCCCCCCUGGCUGAGGAUGUCGGCCUCGGACAUGGCCAUCCUGCUGGCCCCGCGGCCAGCGGUACCAGUCCCGCCGCCGACAUCGCAAGCCUGCUGCAGCAACAGCCCGGCCACGGCGCCGAAAUCACCAAGCGCACCUCGUCCGCAUCCUACUCCAGCGACGGCGCCGUGAGCAGCUCCUGCGCCUCGGGGCUGCUGCUACCGCGAGAGUCCGCCGCCGCCGCCGCACCGCACCACCACCACAAUGCCCAUCACUACCACGUCACCCUCCCCAUGGCACCUGGCGCCAGCGGCAGCGAGGCCGGCGGCGGCGCCGCCGCGGGCGCUGCUCUGGGCCUUCGUGUGGCUGACGUGUGCCGUUCGUCCGUGCGGGACAUGCUGCGUGAGGUGCUGCUGGAGGUUGUGCCGCUGCAGGAUGCGGCCGACGUGCUGUUCAAGGUAGACGCCCAUCCCGGCUGGCAGGACAUACGUGCUACAGCCGCAGCCAUCAUCGCCGCCGCCACCGCCACCGGCGACAUGGCUGCUACUGCCUCCGCCGGCACCAGCAGCCUGCCCGCCACGCCCGCCAAGAACUCCCCCACCUUCCCAUCUCCCCCGGCGCACCCGUCGCGGCCCCUUGACGCCAACGGCAGUAGCAGCCACCUGGACAACACCGCCGCCGCCGCGCUGCCACCGCUGCACCCGCCGCCCCCGCCGCCGCCCCGCUCCCCGGCUGCGUCCGCCGGCUCUUCUGCUACAGCCGACGGCGUCACGCCCCAGUCUUGCACGCCGCAGCAGCUACAGCCGCUCCGCCCUAGCAACCUGGCGCCGCUGACGCCGGCACGCUCCUUGAUGAUGUCACCGCCGCCGGCGCCACUGUCCCCCGCCGCCCUGGCGGCUGCUGCUGCGGCGGCGGCGGCGGCGGGAGGCAGUAGCACCGGCAGCAGCAGCCCCAGUGGCUUUCUGGUGAGCCUGCUACAGCAGCACCCGCAGCUGCUGGACACGCUGCAGGCCAACCCGCAGAUGCUGCCCACCAUUCUGAACAUGGGGCCGCUGGGCGGCGGCGGCGGCGGCGGCGGCGGCUCCCUGUCGCCCGAGGACAUUGCCUCAGUGCUCGCUAGUCUUAACGCAGCAGGCAAUGACGAUGGUAGCAACGCCGGCGGCGGCGCUGCCGGCGCCAGCGCCUUCGGCGCGCUCCCGAGCUCGCCGCCAUCCCUGGCCUCUCCCGCCUCCGCGGUCGCUGGCGGCGCCGGCGGCCUGUGGGCCGGCCUUCCGUCUCCCGGCGGCGGCGGCGGCGGCGGCAUCGACUUCAAUGGAGGUGGCGGCGGCGCCGCCGCAGCGCCGUACUACGGUGCCAGCCCCCAUCGUAACGGCAGUGGUGGGGCCGCCGGCCUGGAGGCCUUUCAUCUGCUCAUGGGCGGAGCCGGUGCGCCUGGUGGCGGCGCCGGCGGCGGCGGCCCUGGCGGCGCGGUGGACGCCAGCGGCGCCUUCGGCGCCGGUGCGGUGCUGGGUGGUGGCGGUGCCGGUGCCGGCGGCAGCGCGGGCUUUGAGGAGCUGAGUCCGGCGGUGCGCGACAAGAUUCAGUCUGUCCUGGACAACUGCGGCCCCCACAUCCGGGCGGAGCACUUCGACGCUGGUGUACGGCACUGGCUCCUCCAGCUGCAGCUGCUGUUCGGCGAGCUGUGUGCGGUGUCGGCGCUGCACUCCAUUGAGACCGCAGCCAACCUGGAGGGCGUGCGGCGCAUGAAGGCCUUCAUCACCACGCGCCUGAUCGACCACUACGAGCAGAUGGUGUGGGCGCAGGACCCGCAGACCUACGCGCUGCGCAAACUGACGCCCGACCUCAUCAUGGUGCUGGAGGAGCUCAUCCACUCGGACAAGGGGCUCAGGUGGACGCACUUUGACCCCAAGGUGCUGGACACCAUCCGGGAGAUCCGCCUGCCCGACGCCGUGCGCACCCGCCUGUCCAAGCUGUGCGCACAGGAGCUCAACGGCGUGCAGAACGUGCCCGCCUACCUCUACACGCUGCUGUCCAAGCGCGGCAAGACCGCCAAGCAGGCCGCCGCGCAGAAGCAGAUGCAGGAGCUCGCCCUGAGGCUGGCCGCCGGCGCCGGCGUCGGCAGCGGCCUCGGCGGCAUGGCCGGCAUGGGCGGCGGCGGCGGUUACGGCGGUUUGGGUGGCGGUUACGGCGCUGGUAGCCCAUACGGCGGCGGCGGCGGCGGCGGUUACGGUGGCGGCGGCGGCGGCUAUCCCAGCAGCCUUGGCUCGCCGGCGGCGGCCGUGGGCUUUGGCUCGCCUGGCGGCCCAGGCCUGUACGGUGGCGGCGGCGGCGGCGGUUACGCCAGUGGCAGCGGCCACAUGCAGAUGAGCCCGUACGGCGGCGGCGGCGGCAGCGGCGCGGUGUACGGCAGCGGCCAGAACGACAUGUACGGCGGUGGCAUAGGCGGUACUGCUGGCGCCGGCGGCGGCUACGGCGGCUAUUUUGGCAACCUGUGAGCGGGCUGCCAUGAGAUAUUGACCACAAGCGAAGCGGGCGCCCGCACCUGUAAGCGAUGGUGGAUCCAGAGCAUUCACGCGGCGUGCGGCUAUCAAGUUGGAAAUUGGUGUGCGCUUCUUCUCCAACACCCUUCUUCUCCCCCGUCCGUCGACAAAUCUUGGGGCGCAGUGCCAUGGUGGGUUGCGUGUGUGGACCCGCCAUUGCGAUACGCUAUCUUGCACGUCGGUUUAGGCUCGGAAGUGCGCACGCUAUGCCUUGACAUAAAUACUUAUGCGCGUCCGCUGUUUGAUUGUGCGUUCGCUGCAUGGGGCAUAGCCCGCCCGGUGUGUGGCGGGGCGGGGCGGCAUGAGUGUACAUGGCGUUGAGGGGGGUGUUCAUCGUGGGGUGGGGUGGGGCUGCGUGGCUGCGCCGCCGUGCAUAUGCCCAUGCCUUGACAUGCACGCAUGAGCGCAGUAAGCCACGGCACAUGUGUGUGUGUGUGUGUGUGUGUUUGUGUUGUAUUUGUGUGUGUGUGUGUGUUUUGUACAUCAACGCAAUUUACGACGGCAUGCAGCAAUACACGAGGCUCGACGCGGCCUGGAACGGAAUCGGCUGGUGCGGGCGGGAAUGCAGCGGGCAGGCGGGCGAGCAGGGGGCUGUCAGGGGGGCAGUAGCGUGCCGCCGUGCUGGCAUGGGGCAGCAGGACUAGAUAGCAUGGAGACCUGGCGUGAGCGGCUUACGAUGUAUGCGGGCGUCUGCUUGAUUCCAUGGCGGUCGUGCCUGUGCAAAGCACGAACUGGAAAGCUGGGGGGUGGAGGGCGGCAUGCUGCAGGGGCCGACCGUGUGGCAUGGACUGCGCGUGGGGAUCGGCAUCAAUUGGGUGGGUGUUAGAAGUUGUUGAAAUUGCUAGCUGUGGCGGUGAGUAGUCCACACGUUGAGACGAGUUGUGAUUGGACUGCAAGCGUAGCGGUGCGUUUGCGGCUUACUUGUCCUGAUAGCAGGCAUUGCUCCACGGCUGCAUAUGCGGCAGCCGUUGGCUGUUGAACUUACAUUGAUUCCGGUGAGCGGUGUGUCCUGGCUGAUCGAUGGGUGGCCGCACGGUGCCGCGUGGAUAAAUACUCUCGCCUUGCCUCGACUUGCCUAAUGGAGACGCGCGGAUAGCGGAUUGCGGAAGGACUAGGGCGCGGGCGGCGGACGGCGGUGCGGAGUAGCGCAGACACAUGGCACGAACCCGUGCGACACGAGACGCGCGAUGUUUGGUGGUGGGUGGUGUGACGGCGUGGCAUGGGCGGCACGUUGCACAGGUGCGGCGAGGUGAGGCUAGGUUCAUAAGGGGAGAGUCGCAGUCAAGCAGUUGUAGUGGUGGACUGGGAGUGGAGGAGCAAACCGAUGGAAUGAAUAAGGAUUCCCAAGGAAUGACACUAUUUGCAGUAGUGACAGCGGCAACCGCAGUGCCUAGACGCGGGCCGGUGGGUGCAGCGCAGUAGAGCAGUGCGCGUUAAAGCAUUACUUUACAGCGUGUGAAUUGGAUUGGAUUUACAGGACCUGACGCAACACGCAGGAAGGCACACAGAGAGUAGUGGAGUAUACGCGUAGAUUUCAACGGAUGAGUGCGGGUGUUGUAAUUGUAGCCGUGGCGGGGCUUGCCCAAGGUGUGGGUGGGUAGCACCGUUGCGAUGCAGUACACACACGGGUGGCGUGCCAGCGUGCAGGUUGGGGUGCCCGAGCCCCCAAUUGACGAUCGACUUGACGUGCGACUAUUUCGACACAAAAGAAGAAAGGGUUUCAUGAGCCCGAUGAGAUGCCUCAACUAGAAUGAUCGGCCGUGGCAGAGGGGUAGGCGCAGGUGUGGAGCCGCACGUAUUGGCGUGGCAGGUUCGGUGAAGGCCGCCGUGAGACUAGUUUUUCAUUGGUUAGGAGGUAGUGCCGAAUUUGUACCAGCAAUUCCGCUUUGUUAGACAAGCCACAGGGAGAUGGCACGUGGUGGGUGGUGCGGUGGUUUGUGGGGGCAAUAAAGAUGAUCGAGAGCGUGUGUGCACGUUAGCCACCGCCGCGUGAAGGCCUUGUGUAAGUGGACCGUGGCAAAAUAAAUCACCAAUGGUGUCCAGGGUUGGGCGAGGCCCAUGUCGACUAGGCUGGCAAUGUGCAGGCAGGCAGGCAGGCAGAUGGACUGGGCUGAACUGCGAGCCCAGUGCAGGCGAGUACGCAGCGGAGGGCGCACGUGCCCAUCCUCAUGCCCUCCCCCAGUAAUUGCUCGUCGCGCGAUCGUGACUUCGCAUGACCAAGCGCCCCCUCGACUUCAGUCGUUC